CAGCGAGUUAUCAUCGCAACACCCCCGUUGUUACCUCCGGCGCCCAUCAUGAUGCCGCCACCGAUGAUCAUCCAGCCACCUCCGCCACCCCAGGCUCCGGCGUACCAGUACGCCUACCAGACGACGGCACCCGUGACCCAGGGGACCACGUCGGUACGCCGCGUCACGUCGCUGUCGCAGCUGUACAGCAGCACCGUCGCCACCGCUCCAGCCUACCCGCAGUACCAGUACGCGUACCCCACGGCAGCGCCGGUGUCCCAAAGGACGGUGUCCUUCCGUCGCGUCGGUUCCACGUCGCAGCCGUGUCAAGUGAACACUCAAAUUCCAGCCACGACAACUGUCCAGUAUGCUGAGUACCCCACAGUAACGCAGACGCCCCAGGGGGCUACGACGUCAGUGACUCGCGUCGUGUCCGCGUCGCAGAUGUGACGAGGAGGAGCGCAGGUGCCGACGGCCUCAGCUAUAUACCAAUACGUCUAUCCGACGGUGUCUGAAGUGCCCCAAGGGAGGGCGUCGGUAACCCGCGCAACGACACAGGUGGACACAUCCGCGAUAAUCCCUAUCUGACAGUGCGUGAUUCCGGGCACGUCGUCACCACUGAAUC